AUGACCAGCAGACAGGGGUGGGGACUGUUGAUGCUGCGGAGGAACGGCAGGAUGGGUUUGGGGCGGUCGUGCCCAAGGAGAGUCAUGGCGUGUCUGAUAGGAUUGGCUAGCAGAUGCAACGUGUUCGAUUUGAGGGGAGCCAUUCUGAACAGGGACGACAGGAUCUUGGGAGGGUGGUGGACGAUACUGAAAGUUAAGGUCCUUCAAGGAUGGGAGACGAAAGUCGUUGUUCAUGUUGGGCGGUGGUGGAAGAGAAUACCUAGCAUGGUGUGCUGGAUGAUGGGCAGAGGCCAUCGGUGCAAUAGUGGAUGAAGAUUGGAUAAAGAUCAAGAAAGCUCUGCCAGGACGAGGACGAGGUAAGAGAAUGUAUCAGAGAUUGACAGCGAGUGUAUCUGGGAGUAAAAGGCAGAGUGUAUCUCAGCGU